GCUUAGUAACUUUCUGGAAGAAAUUAUAAGCAUCUAAAACACAUCUACUUUGCUAAUGCACUUUGGAGAAUACCAUCCUGAACAGUGCCUAGUAAUUUGUGCUCAAUUUCGUGCUCUUCAUUUCAACGUAAAGUCUCUCUUACUCAACAUUGCUUUUUAGCACAAGCCUAAUAAGGUUGGAAUUAGUAUAUUUUAUGUAUGCCAGAUAACCUUACAAAUUAACAGCUAGCAAAGCAGAUAUAUGACAAUUUAAGAUGUAUGUGGCUGUGGAAAUUGUUUUCAAAUGUCUUCAGUGAAAAUAUAAACAGAAGGGAUCCUUAAAUCCUCUGUAGCCUAAAGGAUUAUCCCUUGUAAAGUAGGUUAGUGUUAGAGACUAUUUCUCAGAUCUUUUUCUUGAAGUCUUUAAAGGGUGGUUUUCUGAAUAGUUGGUGAUUUUUCUGGAUAGUUGCACUUGCAUUGUCCCUGCUUCCUUUCCCUGGGUUUUUCCUUGGGGUAUAAAAAUCAUGAACACUAGAAUGUACAGUUCUGGAUUUUUCCCCCCUUGAUUUCCGGUCAAGACUCCCAUUGUGGAAACUUUUCCUUUUAAUGCUCUUUCUCCUUUAGUUAAAUGAAAAGAAACAAGCAUCAUCAACUAAUUAUAAAAAAUACCAAAUCUUAAUUGUCAAGCACAUGGGUCUUUAAAUGUGCCUAGAGAAAAAUAAUUGAAUUCUCCAAAAUUCAAAGAAAUCACCACUGGAGUGGCAAAAUGCCUGUAGUUUUAAAAGAAACUGACUCACAGCAUCCCUUCUAGAAAGCAGACUCUGAAAUUUAAUCCAAUCUUUAACUUUCAUAUUAGGCACAAUUUUUAAUCAAAAAACACUGAUCAUUGUGUCAUUUCAAGGCUUCAAAGCCUUCCCUAACUCCCAGCUGCACGAGGGGUUAAAUACAGACUCCUUGGCUAAUCAUUUGGGAUGCUCCCUUAUUGGCUCCAUCUUAUUUAUCUUUGAUUUCCUUAGAAAUAGCCUACUCCCAGGGUGCUGCGCCUACACAAACAUUGCCUAGCCUUUCCGGACCUUCAGGUAUUUCAGGCCAUGUUAAUCUCUUUCCCCUUCCGGAAAAUCACAGUGGUAUUUACAGUCCAUUCUCAUUUUUAUCUAACUUCACAUUUCCCAAGUAAACUGGAAGCACCUCCAGGGUUUUUUUUUGAGUGCCCCUCCCCUGCCCCCAACAAAUAGCACACACUUGUAUACAUUGUUAAAAGACUCAGAAAAUAUUGCUUAGUAAAGUGGUCUGAACAGUAAUUCUAUCAAUGUAUUCUAUAUACUGCCUCUUAUUUUUUACCCUCAUAGGAAGGUUUUCUUCUUGGGGAAGUGAAAGGUGAAGCCAAGAAUAACAUUACAGAUUCCCAAAUGGAUAAUGUUAAAGUUAUUUAUACAGUUGACAUUCAGAAAUAUAUUCCAUGCUAUCGGCUUUUUAGCUUUUAUAAUUCUUCAGGUGAACUAAAUGAGGAAGCACUAAAGAAAAUAUUUUCAAGUGUCAAAAAGACUGUGGUAGGUUGGUACAAAUUCCGUCGUCAUUCAGAUCAGAUCAUGACAUUUAGAGAGAGGCUGCUUCACAAAAACUUACAGAACCAUUUUUCAUGUCAAGAACUUGUUUUUCUGCUGUUAACACCAAGUAUAAUAACAGAAAGCUGCUCUACUCAUCGGCUGGAACAUGCCUUAUAUAAACCUCAGAAAGGGUUUUCUUUUGUCAGACUUUUUCAUAGGGUACCAUUGGUGGUUGCCAAUCUGGGCAUGUCCGAACAACUGGGUUAUAAAACUGCGUCAGGUUCCUGUACGUCCGCUGGUUUUAACCGCGCAGUAGAAGCACACAGCUCUGAAUUUUUUGAAGAAGAUGGAUCUUUAAAGGAGGUACAUAAGAUAAAGGAAAUGUAUGCUUCAUUACAAGAGGAAUUGAAGAGUACAUGCGAAAAAGUAGAACACAGUGAGGAAGCAGUAGAAAAACUACUAAAGGAUAUAAGCCGAUUAAAACGAGAAAUUAAAAUAAGGAAACAAGCACAGACUCAAGCGGAACGAAAGAAGAAUGUCCCAAAAGAACCUCAGGAGAACACUUUUCUUUGUCAGGCUUUGCGGACGUUUUUUCCGGAUUGUGAAUUUCUUCGUUCAUGUGUUAUGUCUUUGAAAAACAGGUGUAUUUCUAAGAGUAGCUGUGACAGCGGCCACCGUCUUGAUGUGGUAGACAACCUGACCUUAAUGGUAGAAUACACUGACAUUCCUGAAGCUAGUCCAGCUAGUGCACCACAAACGAUUAAGCGUAAAUCUUUAGAAAAGACAGGUGACGGAUGGCAAUUCAAGAAAUCACGGCUGUCAGAGACACAAAACAAACCGUCUAAAACAGAUACUGAUAGUAGUAACCAAGAAAAAACAUCCACGAUAAGCAGCCCAGAAACAGAUGAAGAUAUUGAGAAAAUGAAGGGUUCCGGUGAAUAUUCACAAUCUCCUACAUUUUGAUCCUUUUAACCCAAAAGGAGGUUUUUUUAUUUGUUUGAAGGAUAAAGUCAAACGUUUCUAUCAAUUUUGCUAUGUUCAGCUAUUGCAGUAAUAAAUAUAUUCAGAUAUA